AUGCAUGAUAACGCAAUCGCAAUCCACACUGCUGGAUCUUUUGUCAACCAGAAGUACCUGGCUCUCAGAGACAGCGUAGUUCAAAUCUACAGCUUUAGACGGAAUUUGCAGGAACUUGCACCUCUCACUCCAAUCUCUCGCAAGUUCACCGAGAUGGAAACACACAGAGACCGAGAUGAGAGCUCUAUCGAAGAGUCUGAUCCCUUCUUAGGUGUCUCAAUAUUCUCAUCAAAGAAAGGGUCACAAAAUCGAGGAUGGAGGCGUGACGUACUCUUAUACUCUCUCAUCCUACUGCUUGGGAUAUCCCUAGGUUCUCAUAUCUUGAUGUACCUCUACAUCCACAGAGCUUCGUACCUUGACGCCUUAUGCGUACAGCACACGCAACAGAACCCCACGCCCAUUGAUAUCCCAAUCCACUAUCACUCUGUUCUUUAUGAUGGCACGUUCCUCGCGAACUCAACCUCCGUCUUCCGUCUCCCACCUUCACCAGAAGUCGAUGCAGCAUGGGAAGGCCUCGGCACGACGUCAAAGCCUCUUGUCCUGUCUAGAGCUCAAGCAGUCCGCGCUGGCAUCAGUCCAGACCAUCUCAAGACCCCGUCCGGCGACUUUCCGGUAUUGUUUGAGUUCAACCACCAUCUUCACUGCCUCAACAUGAUCCGCAAGGCAGUCUUCUUCAACUACGACUACUACUCCAGUCCGGAUUCCCCAGGGCACCACCUUGGCAAGGACACCGAGACCAUCUCCAAACACGUAACGCACUGCAUCGACAUGCUUCGGCAAGUCCUCCAGUGCAAGCCCGACUUGGGGGUAUUUGGGCAGUACUGGGUAAAGGACCCGGCUCAGGGAGUGGAAGGAUCUUUUGUGGACUUCAACACGAACCACAAGUGUAUCGACUGGGAGCCAGUCAGAGAGUGGGUUCAGACACAUCAGACGCUCGAUGACUUGGUUGUCGAACUGCAAGAGGGUGAUAAGAUUCUUGAUAUUGCGCCGUAG